ACAAUAAGGGAGAGUCUAAACUUCUCAAUAUUAGGGAAAAAAAAUACAUGGAGCUUUGGAGAGCCUUGCUCUUUUAUAUUGUGGUGUUGGUGGUAAUUGAUGUAGGAGAGGCACAACUAAGACACAAUUUCUAUGAGAGUACAUGUCCAAAUGUCGAGCUCAUCGUGAGGCAAACGGUGAUGAAAAAGGUAAAGCAAACCUUCGUCACGGUUCCGGCCACCUUGAGGCUCUUCUUGCAUGAUUGCUUUGUUGAGGGAUGCGACGCGUCAAUCCUGAUCUCAUCCUCAAACGGAGAUGCAGAGAAAGAUGCAGACGACAACCUCUCGCUGGCCGGCGAUGGCUUCGACACUGUGAUCCAGGCCAAACAGGAGGUCGAGUCUGCUUGUCCUGGCGUAGUCUCCUGUGCUGAUAUUUUAGCGAUGUCAGCCAGAGAUGUUGUGGCACUAAGCAAGUAUGUCACAUUGGACUCUCGGCAGGUAGAGAGUGUAGAUCAGAUCAGUGGGAUAUCACAGUGGGUGGAGGGUGAUGCUACUCCACAUUCACAUACUCCAGGUUAUUCUGCAUUAUUUAGGAUUCCAGCUGAUGUGGCACAGUUUGGGGAUCAGAUUGUUCAGGAUGUAGAUGAUAAGUUGGUAGAUUCGAGUGCAGCUGGUGGAUGUAGCUUGUAUAUGGCCAUUGGGUCACCUUAG